UUUAUUCCUUUGACCGAGCAAUCAGAAUGGAAACGAUCGUCUUGAAUGAAGUUGAAGACGCCAAUUCGCACAACACCACAUCGUACAUCGAGAAAAUUGUUCGCACUAAUGUAUUCAAGUCCAUCUGCGAGGAGAAUCUGCAGCAACUGGAAGACGAGUUGCCGCCAUGGGUGUCCUUUAACAAACUGGAUAUGGAAGUUCUGAAUACCGAGAUGCUUGGCCACAGCAUUGGCACCCAGACCGACAUAGAAGGUGCAGAAUUCGCGAUCAAAGCGUAUAACUAUAUCACCUGCCUGUGGCUAGUCAUAGCAUUGCUAUUGGCGCUCAUUCUACUGCCAUGUACACUUGUUAAAGUAGACACUAUCAAAUCGCACUCCGCUCGUAAUAAUAGUUAGUUAUUAUUAAAACGAGCAUUGCUAUUUUAAGCCUUGCUCCACACUCGUGACAACUACAGAUAGCGCGCGUUGCUGCUACUUCCAAUUCCUAUAUACCCUACUCGCCCGUACUGCACUCGCAUUGGAAAUUUUUUUUUGGUUGCUGUAGAGAGAGUUUUAGAUUACCACAAGAAAAUCAAAAAUCAAGAAAAAAUGGAAAAUCAUAGCAUAAAUUCAACGUGUGCCCCGAGAGAUGGCGAUAGCGACAUUGACACCCAAUCGAACCCAAUAUUAGCUGUCAAUAAUUAGCCCAUAUAUGUAUCUAUAUUUACAUAUACUCGUACAUAUACACCAAAUAAAUACAAGAACUGGGGUGAAAUUCCAUUCGAGAUGCAAUUAAUGGGCAAUGGCCUCAAUGCAACUGUGAU